CAAGAUAUAUAUCUGACAACCUCCGAUUCUGAGUAUAGGUGAGACGAACCGCCGACUCGCCGUAAGAAAAUCGCACUAUGCCCAUCGGAGUAUACAACAUUCUACGCGGAGCCGUCAUAUCUCCGCCCACGGCUCGUAGUUGUCAUGCAAUACCCCGAAUUUAUCCUUCUGCCUAACUCCAUCAGACCUAUCUGGAGUCCUGGAGCCCUGGAAGUUUAGAUUGUCACAUAGUGCAAAGACCUUCUUCAAAAUGCUAUAUAGCUAGCAGGAUUGACCGCUACGGCUUUUGGAAACAAGAGUUCAAAAUUCCCUAAGUUUGACUUUUGUUGCAUGAUACUAUCUAGUUCUUGGAAGUAAUUUGUCCCUACCAUCAAAGAAUAUCACAAUGUCACUCAACAUCCUCAUUAUCGGUGCAGGAGUUUGCGGACCAGCAUUGGCGACCCUCUUGCAUGGCGCCAACCACCGACACAGGAUCACGGUGAUCGAGCGCUCCCCUUCCCUGCGUCUCGCGGGACAGCAGAUCGAUCUGAAAGACCAAGGCCUACCGAUCCUGAAAAAGAUGGGUCUCCAAGAAGUUGUCAAGUCCCAGUGCGUCAAGGAGACGGGGAUGGAGGUUGUCGAUGCUCAUGGAAAAGCUAUAGCAAGCUUUGGUGUAGCACCCGCCGGUGACAAGAAGGCUCGCAGACUCGCCUUGACGAAUGAGUACGAAAUCAUGCGUGGAGACUUGGUAAAGAUCCUAUACGAGGCGAGUUUGAGACAGAGAUCAAGUCUAGACGAAGAACAUGGGAAAGAGGGAGCUCUUAAAUAUGUCUUCGGUACCAGCAUCUCGGCGCUCGAACAACAGGACAAUGAGGUCAAUGUUACCUUCUCCAAUGGCGAGACUGGGAGAUUCGACCUUGUCGUUGGUGCGGACGGGCAAGGGUCACGUACAAGACGAUUGGCUUUUGGACAGGAAGCAAGCGAUAAUUCAUUCAAGUCGAUCGGGAUUCACGCUGCCUAUUAUACCGUCCCGAAAGGCGGAAAUGAUGGAGGACUCGCUCAAAUGUACAGCGCCCCUCGAAGCAGGUUCAUAAUGACACGGAACAGCAACCGCCCUACCACGCAAGCCUACUUGUUCACCAUGGACGGGACGCCUAUGAAGGACUCGUACAAGCUUCCGGUAGAAGAACAGAAGAACAUAUGGAAGAGUGCUUUUCAGGAUGCGGGAUGGGAAAGUCCAAGACUUCUCGGCGGAAUGGACGAUUGUGACGAUUUCUACGCAUAUGAAAUCGGACAGGUACACAUGAAGAGCCUUUACACCGGCCGUGUAGUACUCCUAGGAGACGCUGGAUACUGCCCAAGUCCAUUCACAGGUCUGGGAACUACACUCUCAUUGAUCGGUUCCUAUCUGCUUGCAGGAGAAUUGGCGAGGCAGGAUGGAAACGUAGACGCAGCCUUGGAGUCGUAUGAGCGCCUGGCUCGACCGCCAAUCGAUGAAUGUCAGAAGAUGCCUUCUUCGUUCGGCAUGUUCUUCCCCUCGUCUUCACUGGGGGUUUGGGUACUUAGAAAUAUCAUGUGGGCAGUAUCAAAAUUCCGGCUUCAUGCGUUGGCGAGCAUGUGGCAAUCUGAUGAUAGUGACGGGUGGAAGAUACCGGAUUAUCCAGAGCUAAACCUUCCUAUGUAACGCUCUCGUUACCUCUUAUUCUUCUUCGUUGUUUCCUAAGCUGGAAGUCCGUUCUGAGCGUUACUUGUACUACUAUGUAGAAUUGAUGACCUGAUGUGUGUAGUAUAGAUUUGGAAUGCACCCCACUUUUACUAUGCC